GAUGCACUGGACAGUAACACCCCGCGGAAGUUGAACAAACUAAAAAACUUGCGAAAAAGCAGCAGUUAGGGCAGCAGAUUAAGUCAGCAGGCUGAGAGCAGAGGAGACACUUCUGACUGCUGUCCUGUCCUGUCCUGAGCUGGGCUCCGGCUAAUUCCUGCUUCACACAAACACUAACACACAGGUACCAUGGCAGAGAGGGUGCUGGUGGUCGGCAGUGGUGGACGGGAGCACGCGCUGGCCUGGAAACUGGCCCAGUCGCCGCAGAUCCAGCAGGUCCUGGUGGCCCCGGGUAAUGCAGGCACAGCCAAUUGUGGGAAGAUCAGCAACUCUGAGGUGUCGGUGAGUAACCACGCCAUCUUGGCUCAGUUCUGUAAGGAUCAUCAUGUCGGGCUGGUUGUGGUCGGACCUGAGGUGCCACUGGCGGCAGGUAUUGUCGAUGACCUGACGGCUGCAGGAGUGCCCUGUUUUGGCCCCUCUGCCAAAGCAGCUCAGUUGGAGGCCAGCAAAAGCUUUUCCAAGGCCUUCAUGGAGCGUCACGGCAUCCCCACAGCCCGCUACGGCUCCUUCACUGACCCCCAGGAGGCCUGCAACUACAUCCGCACGGCCGACUUUCCGGCGCUGGUGGUGAAGGCCAGCGGGCUGGCAGCAGGGAAGGGAGUCAUUGUGGCUAGAGACCAGGACGAGGCCUGUCAGGCUGUGAUGGACAUCAUGAAGGACCGAGCCUUUGGAGCUGCAGGGGACACUGUGGUGGUUGAAGAGCUCCUUGAGGGAGAGGAAGUGUCUUGUCUUUGCUUCACUGAUGGCUGCACAGUGUCCCCGAUGCCUCCAGCACAGGAUCACAAACGGCUGGAGGACGGCGACCUGGGGCCAAACACCGGCGGUAUGGGGGCCUACUGCCCUACCCCUCAGGUGAGCCAGGAGCUGCUGCAGCAGAUCAGAGAGACGGUCCUUCAGAAGACUGUGGACGGGAUGAAGGAGGAGGGCACUCCGUAUGUGGGUGUGCUGUACGCAGGGCUGAUGUUGACCAAGCAGGGGCCGAAAGUCCUCGAGUUCAACUGUCGCUUUGGAGACCCAGAGUGUCAGGUGCUGCUGCCUCUCCUGAAGAGCGACCUAUAUGAAGUGAUCUUGAACACACUGAAAGUCAAACUGGUCUCCAACGCCCCCGUGUGGCACCAGGACAGCUCUGCAGUCACCGUGGUCAUGGCCAGCGCUGGUUACCCCGGCUCCUACAAGAAAGGAGUAGAGAUCACAGGUUUGUCCCAGGUUCAGGACUCAGGGCUGCAGGUUUUCCAUGCCGGCACCGCUCUGAAGGACGGAGGCGUAGUCUCCAGCGGUGGGCGUGUCCUGACCAUCACUGCGGUCAGGCCCUCCCUAGAGGCGGCCCUGCAGGCGGCCAAUCAGGGCGUGGCGGCCGUAGGCUUUCCUGGUGCCGUGUACCGCCGCGACAUCGGCCACCGGGCCAUCGCCCACCUGAAGCAACACAGAGGUCUGACCUAUAAGGACAGUGGAGUGGACAUUGCUGCCGGUAACAAGCUGGUGGACAUGAUCAAGCCUCUGGCCAAGGCAACAUCCCGCCCUGGGUGUAACGCAGAACUGGGAGGCUUUGCUGGGCUGUUUGACCUGAAGGCAGCAGGUUUUGUCGACCCAAUCCUGGUGUCAGGGACAGACGGAGUGGGGACCAAACUCAAGAUCGCCCAGGCGUGCGGCCAGCAUGGCGGCCUGGGUCAGGACCUGGUGGCCAUGUGCGUAAACGAUGUGCUGGCUCAAGGCGCCGAGCCACUCUUCUUCCUUGACUACUUCUCCUGCGGCAGCCUGGACGUGGAAGUCGCCGCCUCGGUGGUCGGCGGCAUCGCUAAGGCCUGCGAGAUGGCCGGCUGCGCUCUGCUGGGUGGUGAGACAGCAGAGAUGCCGGGCGUCUACGCUCCAGGAGAGUACGACCUGGCCGGGUUCUGUGUUGGGGCAGUGGAGCGUGGGGCCCUGCUGCCCAGGAUGGGGGACAUCGCCGAGGGGGACCUGUUGAUAGGACUGGCCUCCUCUGGGGUCCACAGCAACGGCUUCAGCCUGGUCCGCAAAGUGCUGGAGAGGGCCCACCUCAGCUACAGCUCCCCUGCUCCUUUUGGGAAGCCGGGACAGACAGUCGGCGAGGUUCUGCUGACACCAACAAAGAUCUACAGUCGUCUGCUGCUGCCAGUUCUCCACAGCGGCGCUGUCAAAGCCUACGCUCACAUCACAGGGGGUGGGCUUCUGGAGAACAUCCCGCGGGUGCUGCCCCAGGAGCUGGCAGUCGAUUUAGAUGCCUCUCGCUGGAGCAUCCCCCCCGUGUUCUCCUGGCUGCACAAGGAGGGGGGUCUGAGCGAGGAGGAGAUGUCUCGCACCUUCAACUGUGGCCUGGGGGCAGUGCUGGUGGUUGCGCCCCCGGAUGCUCAGAGGGUCCUACGCCAGCUUCAAGCACACGAAGAGGCCUGGAUCGUGGGCUCACUGGCGCACAGGCAACAGGGGGCAGAACCUGUGGUGGUCCGCAACCUGAAACACAGCCUGCUGAACGCAGGACCUGCUUCCAGUGGAGAGCUGGGUGUCGAGCAGAACGGUGGUUGCCGUGGUGACAGCAGCACACCACGCAAGAGGACCAGAGUGGGUGUUCUUAUCUCUGGCACAGGCACCAACCUGCAGGCGCUGAUAGAGCAGGCCAAGCGUCCAUACAGCUCUGCAGAGAUUGUGGUGGUCAUCUCAAACAGACCUGGAGUUCAGGGCCUGAAGAGAGCAUCGUUGGCUGGGAUCCAAACACGGGUAGUGGACCACAAACUGUAUGGGAGCCGAGCGGAGUUCGAUGGCACCAUUGAUCGUGUGCUGGAAGAAUUUGGGGUGGAGCUGGUGUGUCUGGCCGGAUUCAUGAGGAUCCUCACGGGGACGUUCGUCAAGAAAUGGAAUGGAAAGCUGCUGAACAUCCAUCCAUCCCUGCUGCCCUCAUUCAAGGGGGUGAAUGCCCAAAAGCAGGCUCUCCAGGCUGGGGUGCGGGUCAGUGGCUGCACAGUCCACUUUGUAGCAGAAGAGGUGGAUGCAGGAGCCAUCAUCGUACAGGAGCCAGUGCCCGUGCUGGGCAGCGACACAGAGGAGAGUCUGUCCGACAGAAUCAGGGAGGCCGAGCACCGAGCCUUCCCAGCCGCUCUGGAGCUGGUGGCCAGUGGCACGGUCAGACUUGGAGAGGACGGACACAUCAUGUGGAAGUCCAGUGCACAGAGUUAGAGAGUGCACAUCAACUUAGCUGUACGUUACUGCCAGCCAUUACAGGAAUACUUCACCCCCUAAAUGAUUAUUGGUAUAUCAGUUAUUCACCUUGUGUUAGGUUGAAAUUGCAAAGAAAUCAUGGUUUUUCUCUCAUAUCUCCAUGGUGAACGAAGAAUCCAAAAACAGAGAAAAUUCUUGAUGAACUGAAGUCAUAGGAGUCCAUGUUUAACAACAGCUUGGAUUAUACUGCACAAGUUGUGUGAGUUUGUAAAGAGAUGUUUUGAUGUAGCUCUCACUUGUUCAGUGUGGACACCUUUAACUUCAAUUCAUCAAGAAUUUUCUCCGUUUUUGGAUUCUUUGUUUACUGUGGAGGCAUGCGAGAAAAACAAAGUGUUCGUCACUAAUUCAACAUAACAUUGGGUAAGUAAUUGAAAUAUAAGUGGUCAUUUAGAGGGUUGAAGUAUUCCUUUAACAACAGUUUACUUUUAUCACAUGAAACUGGUCUUAUUAACACAAGAAUUACACUAACAAGGCAUCAACUUAGGUCAAAAUAUUAACUUUUUACUGUUCCAAUGUCCCAAACAUUCCUUUUUCAGACUGUCAUGCCCAGUUGAGUUCAUGGGAUGCUUAAAGCUUGCAAACACACUUAGAUUUCCUAGCAGCAUUUCAACUUAUUGUGAGUAAAGAAGCAUCAUACUUGAAGAAGAAUUACAUUCCAAUUGUAUUUUUGAGAAAUGCGAGGAUCACACUGGAAUUUAAAAAAAAAAAAAAAAAAAAGGUACUGUCCCAGUGGAGUAUAAUUAUGAAUAUUUGAAUGUCUGUGUAGCUGAAACUGUGAGUAUGUAAUUAAACCUGCCUGGGUGGAUGCAAGGAG